GGUAUCCUGGAUGCGCAAACGGGAUCUGCACAUCCUGACCUCAGGUAUACACACGUAUACCGGUGACCAAAGGUUCAGCGUUCGGCAUCCUGAUCAUUCAGACGAUUGGGAUCUGCACAUCGAAUAUGUUCAGAAGCGGGAUGCAGGCGUGUACGAAUGCCAAGUCAACACGGAGCCUAAGAUCAACUUAGCUGUGAUGCUGCAUGUAGAUGAUUUAACCUCGCUUGGUGCUACGAAGAAUGCAGAGUUCAAAGACGCUCAAGCAUCAAUCUCCGGUCCCCCGGAAGUUUACGUGAAGAAAGGCAGCACCAUUUCCCUCACGUGCACCGUCAACGUUCACUCUCAACCCCCCUCCUCGGUGCUGUGGUACCACGGCAGCGCCGUCGUCGAUUUCGACUCGCCGCGAGGCGGAAUCAGCCUGGAAACGGAGAAAACGGAGGCUGGUACCACCAGCAGAUUGCUGGUGACCAAAGCGCUGCUCUCCGAUUCGGGGAACUACACCUGCAUGCCGUCCAAUGCCAGCCCUGCGUCCACGAUUGUGCACGUGCUCAAUGGUGAACACCCCGCGGCCAUGCAAACCAGCCUAGCUUCAACGAGUCACCGACAGAUGGCGCUGUCACUCCUUCUCACCCUAUUGGCUGCCUUGCACAGCAGAUGAUUCGUGUACCUCUAAGCAUACGAAAGUUCAGUGCUCACCAAGUUUAGUGGAAUUUGUAUUUUGUACAUAUUGACGAUGAGGACUGAGAAAUCAUGAUUCGUGGACUUGAAGUCUGUUUUCGGAACUGAUAUAAAUAUGAUGAGAUUAUUUUAAGAAUGAUAAUGCCUUGUCGUUCCAAAAUGAAUCAAAAAGUGAUCUCGAAAGUGCAAUCCUUAAAUAUCAUGUACAGUUAAAUGUCGAAUGCAUAACUGUACCUUCAAGGUCUCCUUCUGGCAAGGAUACAUUUUCCUUAUUAGCUUAGAGUGACAAGAGCGUUGUCAGACGUCAAAUAAGGCUUUUUCAAUCCAAUACUUCCUUGUGUUGAACAAUUAAAAUGGAAAAGAAUUCUCCAUUUUUCGUAAAUUUCUUCCAGAAAAUACCUAGAUCAUCUUAUCAUACAACUUCAUGAUUUUCCGACCAAAAGAAACAAUAUAUGUAUAAAUUACUGUUAACUGGCCUUUUUCAAAGCACAGUGACAAUGAAAACAUAUUUUAGAAAAUAAAAACGGAUAAACUGUUACCUAGAAGACACAUACCAUUUAAAGUCGAAUUUAUUAUUCUAACACUAAUUGAUUACAACAAAUAUUUGACUAUAUCGACUGGACUAUGGUGUUCCGCGCGGUUGACUCAUCAUCCACUCUCGGUUGAUUCUGCCUCACUAUGCCCUCUGUGAGUGUGUAUUUAUUUUUGAAUCGGCGAAUCCAGAAACGUUCCCGCGUUUUCCAGACACAGUUCGAGUAUUCAUCGAAGCUGGUAGACGGUGGUCGGUAUUUGUCGAUGCGUGGCGAAUACUCUAGAUACGCGGUCGCGUAAUUCUGGUUGCCUAAACCUCGAUGCACGACGGUGUCUCACUGGUAAUCAUACGAGGGGGUUACAAUAUAUUGUCAUUACCACUUUGAGAAAAGACAGAAAACAUCAGUAAAGACUACUCGUAGGUCAUAAAUAUGUGAUCUCAUUUGGCCAGAAAACAGAAACAGGCGUACACGUACAUUAAAAAACAAAUCAAAAUAUGUUCUCACAGAAGAAUGCACUAUAUUUCUCACAUUUGCUAAUUCAGUCAUCAUAAUAUGAUGUAUCAGUUCCGAAAUACCAAAUUCUCUGAGUGCAGACUGUAGCUCUAAGAGCACUUUAUCAUAAAAUUACGUUCUAUAUUGUUUUGGUGCUAUUCUGAAGAUCAUACGUAAUAUUAAAAUAUUGCGAGAUGAAUCUGAUUGACAUAACAUUAGUCCAGUUUCCCAGUGGUAAUCAAGUUGGAAAGAAUCAAGAAAGAAUUAAUAGGUGUUAUAGAAAUGAGGGGAGAUCCAAUGGAAAUAAAUAUUUCAGCAUAUAUUUGGCUUGUACGUCAAAAAAAUCAAUGGCGACUGGACUAUCUUGAUCCUGGAAGGACUGUACUUCUGACGUUUCGAGAUGUUAAGGUUGAGAACUUUCAAGAAGGUGAUGAUCUUGCUUUGAGGCUUGUACGUGUGGGAACUUCUGAAGCAAAGACGUGUUCUUUCUGGAAAGGAUUCGAAAUUGUACCACCAGAGUCUUCUUUCAGCAACUAUGGAAGACUCGGCGGUAUAUAAAAUGCAACCUGCUUUUGAUUUUUGUACCUGGGAUGUGAUAGAAAAAGGUGGAGGUAUGUUUAUAAGUGUGCCAUCUUACUAUUUCUUAGUGACAGUCAUGGAGCUUGGUGAAACCAAAUACGAUCACACUAUCUAAGCAGCGUUACAGCCUCUAAUUCGUUAUAUAUUUUUCUAAAUUAUUAUAUCAGUAAAUAACUUUCGUACUAAUGAUGAUUGUAAAAUGACGUUCAUUUAAAACAUUUUUAACGUUUUUGACAAUACGCUAUCACAAUGCUCCACCUUUUUUUUAUUGAUAGCGAUCUAUUUUGGAUAUUCUAUGAAGAUAUUCAAAACAAUUGACCUAUAAAGGAAACUUCUUUGUGAGAUACUAAACGUAAAUGUGAGUGUGAAACCGUUUUGAAAUGACAAUGAAAACAUGUACAUAGAUAUUUGUUUUAUAUUUAUAGAAAGCACACUAGAGAGUUUAUAGAACAGAUCUAAGACUAUUAUUACAUGUUGAUUAUAUGUAGGUGUAUGCUAAUCAAAAUAUCAUAAACUGUGGUGAAAAAUCAUUGUAUAACAAUAUUUUGGACGCUCUCUUCUUUUGCAUUCUUUUAUUUUGCGUUUCAUAUUAUGGCGGUCCUAUUUUAUGUUGAGUGAUUGACAAGAAUAAACCCUCUAUCACGAAAUUUGGUUGCUCUAUGGAUGAAGUUCUCGGAUAGGUAAAAAGAAUUCAAGGAAGUCAUGUUAUGGCAUGAAAUUAUACAUGUGCAUAUGAACAAUAUUUACGUUUUUCAUUCGAUUUAUGACUAUUUCUCAGCAAAAAUUUAUUCGCGAACUUUGUGCCAUUUUUUUCGUAAUCUUAUGAUACAUCACACACCUGUAAUUACUAUUGUAAAUACUGUACUUUAAGAUAAUAUAAUAGUUCUUAUAAAA